AUGCUGCGUCAAAGCAUCGUUGCGGCGUCCAAGGUUCCUGUGGCUCGUCGAGCUUUCUCCAGUUCCGUGUCACGCAACAACUAUGAGGAUACCAUUCGGAACCUCCUUGUCCACAAAGACACCAAAGUGUUAUGUCAAGGCUUUACUGGAAAGACUGCAACUUUCCACGUCCAGCAGGCUUUGGAAUUUAGGACUAAAAUGGUUGGGGGUGUCUCUCCUAAGAAAGCUGGGCAGACCCAUCUUGGGCUGCCCGUAUUCGGGAGUGUCAAAGAGGUCCGGUCACCUAUGUCCUGCGCAUAUGCCGACUUCUCUGACAUACGAGAAACAAAGCCCGAUGCCUCCGUCUUAUAUGUUCCGCCACCUCACGCCGCUGAUGCUAUCAUUGAAGCCAUUGAAAACGAGAUUGGUCUCAUAGUUUGUAUCACUGAGGGUAUCCCCCAGCAAGAUGAAGUCCGAGUCAUCAACGCGCUUAAGAGUCAGUCCAAAUCACGCCUCGUGGGUCCGAACUGCCCAGGUGUCAUUAAUCCCGAAGGAUGCAAGAUGGGCAUACAACCUGGACACAUCCAUAGACCGGGGAGCAUCGGUAUUGUGUCGCGCUCCGGUACACUGACCUACGAAGCUGUCAACCAGACUACUCUUGUGGGACUUGGCCAGUCUCUCUGCGUUGGCAUCGGCGGUGACCCAUUUCCUGGCACUCAACAUGUUGAUGUUCUCAAAGUCUUCCUCGACGACCCGAAGACGGAAGGGAUUGUUGUCAUUGGUGAAAUUGGUGGAUCUAUGGAGGAAGAGGCAGCAGAGUAUCUGGAGAAAUAUAACAAGACACGAUCAAAACCCAAGCCCGUUGUCGGUUUCAUCGCGGGCAUUACUGCCCCCCCUGGGCGUCGCAUGGGUCACGCAGGUGCCAUCAUUUCGGGUGGAAAGGGUGCUGCCAGUGAUAAAGUUGCUGCUCUCCGGAAAGCCGGUGUUGUCGUCAGCGACAGUCCGGCAAAGAUUGGGUCGCUAUUGCUCCAGGAAAUGCAGGCGGCUGGGCUUGCAUAG